AUGGGAUCAGCGAGCAACAAAAAUCAAAAUGGCAUAUGCAUUAAAUCGAAUACAGCACAUCUUAUAUCGUUAGGCAAUUCGAGACUCUCGACGGAAGUUACACUUUUUGAGAUUUUAGGUAAUCUGACUAUUGGAGCGGGAGAUAGUUGCGAUAUAGUAUUAAAAGGUGCUGGAAUAUUAGACGUACAUUGCCGUUGUUCAAGAAAAGAAGUGACAGAUGGUGAGAAGAGUGACGAGAAUUUAGGAGACGUGACAAUCACCCCAUUUGAGAGUGCGAAAGUUUAUGUCGAGGAGAGGUUGCUAAUUAGCAACGAUGAAUAUGUCCUUCAACAAGGAGACGUCAUAAGACUCGGUGAAUCAGUUUUGUUACGAUUUAAUUUUCCAGCCAAGGCUGCAAUAUUGAAAAGUAAUGCUAUGGAGCAUAACAAAAAAACAAUUAGUGAUAAUUAUGAGGUUUUGAAGAAGAAUCUCAAUACGAAUUGUGUGAAUUUUACAGAGUUCUCAAACAGUUCCGAUAAGACGCUCAAUAAUAACGUGAAAAUCACAGAUAAAAUGAAAAAUUUGAAAAUGAAGGGCAAUGAUUCAUAUCCUAAAAUUAGUAAUCUUCAAGUUUUUCCCGUCACAUCGAAAAGUAUUGAAAACUGUUCAAAUCUGUCAAACGGCACGGCCAAUAAUAAUAUUGAUGAAAUGCAACAGCUAGAAGAUGUGCUCAAAAUGUUUGUUGAAUAUAAUAAUAAUAAUGGAUGUAGCAGCAGUGAAGCUGUUAACCAGUCAAGCCGGAAUAAUAUAUUGCAAACAAGUUCCGAAAAAAUUAAUAUCACACACCAGAAUCGAAUUAAAACAAAUGGUUCACUUCCAAAGAAUUUCAACACAAAAGAUCACGCACAAAAUCAUUUUGAGUUUUACGAAAGCGAAUCAUCGCGAGCAACUGACGAUAUUGAAGUUUAUAAGAAGCCACAAAGUCCUCGAACGCGAAUCAAAACCUUCGUAUCGUCUCCGACAAGCAAUUCUUCGACGAAGAGCUUAUCACCAACUGAUAACAAUGAUAAAAGCUACGAAUAUGAUAAGAAUAGCACAAGUAAUGAAAAAGACUAUGAAAAGUUGAUAAGGAGCUUUGAAGAAAAAUUUAGAAUGGAUAUUUACAAUAUACAGCAUUGCGAGAAUUUGAAUCAUAUUGACGUGCGAAGCAACAUCGCGGACAAUAAUAAUUUACACUCGAAUAAUUCACUGAAUGGUGAAAAAAACGAGAUCUUAGCAAAAAUACGAGAACUCAAAAUAUUGAUAUCAGAUAUCCAAUUUCAAGAGAGUGAGACAUUUCUCGAGUCUGACGUUGAAAAGUCACUAGUUUGGGCUGAAAUGUCUAACGAGAAAACAAACCUGGCAUUGCUCAACGAGAAAUUACAAGCAAUUAAGGCAAAAAUGAAACAAUUGGAAAUGACUCGACUGAAGAGACAGAAACAACAAGAAAUACAGCAAAUAAAGCUCAAAAAUACUAUUAAAGAUAAAGAAGCAGAGAUCAAAAUGCUGGAAGAACAAAAGGGAGUCUCAAUUAAAACGGAAAGUCGACUUGAUGAGUUGCAAGAAAGUUUGGAAUCUGACAUAAAAACUUAUGAAGACUUGGAAUUUCAUUAUUUGGAAGAGGAAACAGAUUGGGCUUCAUUGAUGGAAGAAUAUAAAGAGAACAUUAGCAUGUUCACAAAGCAAAUAGAAGACAAGAAGAACUACAUUCAUCAACUUGAACAGACAAGUCGCGACAACGAAAGUUCAACGCAAAAUGAUCAAAAAACAUUGGAAACGAAACUAUUUAAUCUCAAACAAAAAUUAGAAAAUGAGCGUGAAAAGCUCAAGAACAUAGACAAGAUAUUGUCAAGUAAAAUAGCGCCAGUGACUGAACCAAAUUCUAUACAAAUAUCAAACAACAAUACAAGUAGUGCCUUUGAUGGUGAUAAAUCAUUUAAUAAUAGCAUAGUGGCAACAUCAUCAGACAUAAUGUCAAAAAGCUUUAAUGAAAACAUGUUCUUUAAUCGGAGUAAAAUAGAAGUAUCAUAUUUUGACUUUAGCAUGACAACGGAAAGUUUACCGAGAAAUUCUAAAAUUGUACCGAAUUCCUCGCCGGAAAGGAAGCAAGUUGUAAGCGCUACAACACCAAAGCGAGUCAUGGAAUCUGAUUUAAACGAUUCACCUCUCAUGAUGCCAAAGUAUCACUCAUUAUCAUCAAUUAAUUAUGUCAAUGACAAUAAUAAUAGCCAGAAAAAAGUUAUUGUACCAAUUAUGAAUGGAAAUGUCAAAAAUGAUGAGAAUAGACAACGGCCAUCAACCUCCUCCUCGUCAUCAUCAUCAUCACGUAAUGCUGUACAGUUACGAACUUUACCUAAACAGAAACGACCUCUAACGCAAUUCUUGCCAAAUUUUCAACUCGAUUUUAAUCUUAGAAAACAUAUCGAGACAGCGGGUCAUCAAAUACAAUUAUGUCCUCACAUUAUAAUUGAUGCGACAAGCUGUCGCGGAUAUUUAAACAAAGUCGGUUCAAAGCCAUUAUUUUCGAAUUUAAGAGCCAAUACACGAUGGUUUGUGUUUGAUCGAGAGAAGCAAAUGUUUGUUUAUUACAGUGAUAAAGGCGAAAAGAAGCCACGAGGAGGUGCAUAUUUUAAUGCCAUUAGUGACGUCUAUUUUGAUCAUUCAAUCACCUUGAAACGUACUUUUAUUGUAAAGACCAAAACUCGAACAUUUACACUGCAAGCACCGUCUACGCAAGCCUGCUCUAUAUGGAUUGAUGUUAUUAUCACGGGCGCUCAAGGAAAGAUAUUCGAAUAUGAGAAAUAG